CAUGCCUCAUCAGUGGCUGGAGGGGAACCUGUCUGUCUCGGCCAAGUGUCUCGUCUGUGAUAAGACGUGCGGCAGCGUCCUCCGGCUGCAGGACUGGAGGUGUCUCUGGUGUAAAGCCAUGGUACACUCAUGCUGUAAGGACCAGAUGUCCUCCAAGUGUCCUCUAGGUCAGUGCAAAGUGUCCGUCAUCCCCCCAACAGCCCUCAACAGCAUCGACUCUGACGGUUUCUGGAAGGCAUCGUGUCCUCCGUCCUGCACAAGUCCUCUGCUGGUCUUCGUCAACUCUAAAAGUGGAGAUAACCAGGGCGUCAAGUUCCUGAGACGCUUCAAACAACUUCUGAACCCGGCGCAGGUUUUUGACCUGAUGAACGGAGGCCCUCACCUGGGUCUGCGUCUCUUCCAGAAGUUUGAUACCUUCAGGAUCCUGGUUUGUGGAGGAGAUGGCAGCGUUGGCUGGGUUCUGUCUGACAUCGAUGCUCUGAUGCUGCACAAGCAGUGUCAGCUCGGGGUUCUUCCUCUGGGGACUGGGAACGACUUGGCCCGGGUUCUGGGUUGGGGUUCAGCCUGUGAUGAUGACACACAGUUACCUCAGAUACUCGAGAAACUGGAGAGAGCCAGCACUAAGAUGUUAGACAGGUGGAGCAUCAUGGUCUAUGAGACCAAGUUUCCACGGCAACAUUCAACCUCCACCGUUACUGAGGAUGACUCUGAGGUUCAGCAGAUCCUGACGUACGAGGACUCAGUGGAAGCUCAUUUGUCAAAGAUCUUGUCCUCAGACCAGCACUCAGUGGUCAUCUCCUCUGCCAAGGUUCUAUGUGAGACGGUGAAGGACUUUGUGGCUCGGGUUGGUAAAGCUUACGAGAAGAACACAGAGAGUUCAGAGGAGUCAGAGGCCAUGGCCAAGAAGUGCGGCGUUCUGAAGGAGAAACUCGACUCCCUGCUGAAGACUCUGAACGAGGAGUCUCAGGCCUCCACCGUCCUCCCACCCCCUCCUCCCCCCACCAUCGCCGAGGAGCAGGAGGAGGUCGAGGGAGUCGUCCUCCCUCCUGCUCCUCGUCCUCAUCCUCACUCCCUACGGCCCAACCCUUCGUCCUCCUCGGCGGCGGCGGCCAUCUUUAAGCCUCGGGAGCAGCUGAUGCUGAGAGCCAACAGCCUGAAGAAGGCGAUCCGUCAGAUCAUCGAGCACACGGAGAAAGCGGUGGAUGAGCAGAACGCUCAGACUCAGCAGCAGCUUUUCUCUCUCCGCCGAGCCGAGGAGGGUCUAGUGGAGGAGGACGAGGACGAAGACCGGGACGAAGACAAGAUGUCUCUGCAGUCGUCCUACAGCUCCAAACACCGCAACACUCGCAGAGUCAGUAAAACUCCCUGUGAGAAGCUGAUCAGUAAAAACAGCUCUUCGUCACUUCAUGUCCAGACAGGAAGUAGAGACAACAUGCCUAUGCUCAACACAAAGAUUCUCUACCCCGUUUCUCUGCCCAGUAACUCCGUCAUCAGUCGCCUGCUGGUCAACGCCGACCCGUUCAACUGUGAUCCUGACAACAUGGACUGCUACACUGAGAAAUGUGUCAUGAACAACUACUUCGGUAUCGGACUGGACGCUAAAAUCUCUCUGGACUUCAACAACAAGAGGGACGAGCAUCCAGAGAAGUGCAGGAGUCGCACCAAGAACCUGAUGUGGUACGGAAUGUUAGGAACCAAAGAGCUGCUGCACCGGACCUAUAAGAACCUGGAGCAGAGAGUCCUGCUGGAGUGUGAUGGACGUCCCAUCCCUCUGCCCAGUCUCCAGGGCAUCGCUGUGUUGAACAUCCCCAGUUACGCAGGAGGAACCAACUUCUGGGGAGGAACCAAAGAGGACGACACGUUCACGGCUCCAUCCUUUGAUGAUAAGAUCCUGGAGGUGGUGGCUGUGUUUGGGAGCAUGCAGAUGGCCGUGUCCAGAGUCAUCAGGCUGCAGCACCACCGCAUCGCACAGUGCCGGACUGUGAAGAUUACCAUCUUGGGGGACGAAGGUGUUCCGGUCCAGGUGGAUGGGGAGGCGUGGGUCCAGCCUCCGGGCUACAUUAAGAUCAUCCACAAGAACCGUACCCAGACUCUCACCAGAGACAGAGCCUUUGAGAGCACCCUGAAGUCGUGGGAGGACAAACAGAAGUGUGACUUUCCUCGUCCUCCUCAUCCUCCGUCGUCCUCUCAGCCAGAGAUCGUCUCUGAGGACGAGGCCUCACUCAUCAGCGACUUCGGCCGCGCAGCAGGAGCCCUCAUCCACAGUAUUAGGGAGGUGGCUCAGUCUCAUCAGAGUCUAGAGCAGGAACUCGCUCACGCUGUCAACGCCAGCUCUAAAACCAUGGACGUGGUCUACGCCUCCUCCAAGAGCCCCGGGGGACUCAGUGCCAGCGUGGUUCUCCAGAUGAUCGUUAACGUUAAAGUUCUCCUCAGUGAGACUGAGCUGCUCCUGGAUGGAAAGAUGUCCCUGCAGCUGGACGCCCCCCAUCAAGACCAGCUCUCUGCUGCUCUGGGUUCAGUUUCUCAGCAGCUCCGUCGUCUCUCUGAUGUCUCCUGGUUGAGUCCCAUCAUGGAGUCCCCAGACCACGAGUCUCUAAAUGUCUCAGCCCAUAAAGACAGAGCUCCAUAGAAUGAGUCCUCUUUAUUAUUAAGACUGAAAACAGGGGGAACACGUUGGAGCUGUCCAUCAGCACCACCCACCAAUCAAACAGGGAGCUGUCCAUCAGCACCACCCACCAAUCAAACCGGGAGCUGUCCAUCAGCACCACCCACCAAUCAAACCAGGAGCUGUCCAUCAGCACCACCCACCAAUCAAACCAGGAGCUGUCCAUUAGCACCACCCACCGAUCAAACCAGGAGCUGUCCAUCAGCACCACCCACCAAUCAAACCAGGAGCUGUCCAUUAGCACCACCCACC